AUGGUAGGGCAGAGUGCUAUGGAUAGCAUUAGCAUGGCGAGGGGGACGCGUGAAGAUCAGAGUCCAAAAGUAAGGUACAAUCUGGAUGUGGAUUUCCCAUUUGCUGUCGGGAAAGGCUAUUUCCACGUCGUUUGGCUGGACCAAGCACUGCGGGUCGACAGAGACACGAGUAAUGGCAAGAACUGGUUGAACAUCUACGUGUAUGGGGGGCCUACGGAGAGGUGCACGGCCGUGUAAUGGAGAGGGCGCAUAUGAGAUGCUGGGGGGAUUGUGGCGGUACCGGUGCAAGAUUCUGAAAUGGUGUCCAAUACUGUAUGAUCGGGAGAGGAUGAAGCGUGACGGGAUUGCUAUCCUGUAGCAUGGGGGUGCGCACAGUUUUUGAACGCUAGCCGAGAGAAAUGAUGAUGCACCGCAGAUGCACCGCAGAUGCUUCCAUCGGAAGACGCUUAGUGUGUUGCUAAUGGCGGCAGGUUUGGAUAGGAGAACAAGGUUUGUCGUUUUUUUCUUUCAGUCUCUCGGGCGACGACCUUCCACUGUGCCGUAAUGCUAACAAGUCGCAGAAGUAUCUUUUUCUUGUAAGGGGAAUGCGUUCCAGCAGCGGCGGGAUGGUGCGAGGCGAGGAUGUCGACAAGACGCGCCGAUCAAGACAGACGUGUAAACGUGAACAAGAGGCGGGUGGCAACUGGGCCAGAGGCGAAAGCAGCGGAACCGCCACAAAUAGAAUAAUUUAUCAUAAAUCGCCAAUGACACGUCGCCAAUUCCACGACCGUGGGAUCACGUCUGA